UCAUCUGUCACCAACCGAAGAACAACAACAACAAACUGAAGGCUUCGGGGGGUUCCGGGGACGAGCUCUCAUCAGCGUUUUCCUCCAGCAGAGAUGGGGCAUGUGAUCUGAUGUGUUGUUGAAAACAGUCUUUCCUUUGGUCUCUGCCACAUCAGAGGACUGGAAACAUGGAGUCGUCCUCUGAUGAAGAGGAGGUUAUCACCUUCAUUAAAGUCAUCAGUGAGAAGUACAACCCAGAGAAUUUCCCCUAUGGCCCCGGAGUCAUGGUUCUGCCCAGCCCUCCAGGAUCCCCCGUCAAAGAUCGACUCUUCUUGCCCAACAUACUGGUUCUGAAUCAUCGUGGGAUCAAUAAAGCCGGCGACAGAUCAGACAUCGAAGCUUUCUGUGCUCAUGUGGUGGAGCUGGACCUGUCCCACAAUCAAUUUAACGACUGGGGAGAGAUAUGCACCAUAGUUUCCAGCAUCCCUCACCUGGACUUCCUCAAUCUGAGCAUGAACCCUCUGAGUGGUGUGGAGCUAGAGCCCAGCAUGGCCGAGGUUUUCUCCAGAGUCCGACGGCUCGUCCUCAUCAACACACACGUUAGCUGGGACACUGUGCACAUGCUCACACAACAUAUGCCAGAGCUAGAGGAGCUUUUCUUGUGCCUGAACGGCUUCAACACUGUGUCAGAAUCCCAGACAUCCUGUCCGUCACUACGCCUGCUGCAGAUCACAGACAACCAGCUGCAGAAAUGGGCAGAAGUGAGGAAGUUUGGGCUGCUGUACCCGAGUCUGAGUGCACUGGUGCUGGCCAAUAACAGUGUGGAUUCUGUGGGAGACACUCAGGAAACACUGCAGCAUCUGUUUCCCAACCUGCACAGCAUCAACCUCAACAAUUCAGGGCUUAGUAAAUGGGAUGACAUUGAAAGACUGAAUUUCUUUCCGAAGCUGAAGGAAGUCAAAGCAAAAGGGAUUCCUUUAUUGCAGUCUUACAGCACCCAGGAGAGACGUAGCCUCCUUUUAGCACAGCUGCCAUCUGUAACAGUGCUGAAUGGGAGUGCAGUGUCUGCUGGGGAGAGAGAGGAUGCUGAGAGGUUCUUCAUCAGGUACUACCAGGACUUUCCAGAACAGGAGCUCCCCGAGAGGUACCACAUCCUUGUAUCCAAGUACGGCCCCCUGGCUCCGCUAGCAGAGGUGGACUUGAGCCCUCGCUGCACCGUGGUGGACGUUCGCUGGGGUGAGAGGGUGGAGGCAGUCAGCCUCCGUCUGGAGCAGACAGUGGGUGACCUGAAGAAACAACUCAAAGCUCUGCUGCAGCUGCCCACCAAUGGGAUCAGGCUUUUCUACAUCGACCGAGAAAUGUGCUCAGUCUUGGGACCUGAGGAGAUGAAGUGCAGCUCCAGAGCGCUUCAUUCCUACAGCAUUCGAGACGGGGAUGAGAUUCUAGUUGUGCCCAAAGCCAAAAGCCGCUGCAGCUCCUCAGAUCUUUGAGUCAGGGACUUCUGUUGUGUUGGAUGGAUGGGACACAGAGGUCAAGUCAUAGCAAGCUCAUUGCUAAAUCUGAAAUAUUAUUAAUAAACACUCAUGUGGAUACUUGGCUUCGGCAAAUACCCAGAUGUGAGCACUUGGCCUGACGAAAAGUGGUACCAGUACAUCCCUACUGGAUACUAAGCUUUGACUUGAGCCUUUUAUAGAUAAUAAAAGAUAUAUUUCAAUCUUGAA